GUUUUUUAUUUUGAUGUUUGAGUUUUUCAAUGAACCGCCUUGUGUGUGCGUGUGUGUGUUUACGUGUUCAACCGCUAUGGAUUGCUAAGGACUUGGCUUAAACUUUAAUGAACGAAUUAACCAAAUGGCUAAAUGUGACUGUAAGAAUUUUUAAAUGUUUUUGCUUCUGCUUUUUUUUUACAUAAUAAUCCCAAUUCUGUGUAUGUGUGUGAGUGUCUGCGUUUGAGUUCUGUUGUAAUUAAAAAUUAAUACAAAAACAAAACCAUAAAGCAAACGAUUCAAUGUCCUGUUGUCUGCCAUGGAACUGAGACUGAGAAACACUGAAUGAUAUAUGGCAUAUAGACACAAAUCUUUACAAGACCACAGUAACGAAAAAAAGAAAAAACUCUGCAAUUAUCAAUAGAGCACUUGCAUAAGUCCCAUAACUAGCCCAUCCAUAUAUGUAUGUACACGUAUAUGUAAAUGUCCUUAGAUCAGAAAGCAACGCAAAUGAGACAAUGAAGCAUGAAGAGUGCUAACGACAAAAUUCCCUACCCCCACGUUACAACUCAGCAAAGCCAUUAGGCGGACCCACGCUACAACGACAAAUCCAUUUUUCAUUUGGCCGUUAGGCCAGGCAGCCAGAGACAGAGAUAGAAGGCGGGACAGAGACCAAACCAAAGGCGAGGAGCAACUGAAUUUGGUUGUUUGGUUAACACCUGUAUUAUGCAAAUAAAUAUUGCAAAUAGUGGUCCAACAAUGGCUGCCUCCGAGCCACCAGAACCACCACCGCGUAAUCCGGAACGCAUUAAUGCCACGUUGCACAAACUGGCCGAAUCAAAAAAUAUCAAAUCAUUAGAUGGCAAUGCGCUUAACGACAAAACUGUCAAUAACAAUAAACCUUUGAAGACGAUAUUGUCGUUGGACAACAAUACCAUAGCAACGCCAAUAGCGGGGGCAGCCUCCUCGCCCACCACAAACGCCACAUCGGCGAUUACGGCAGCCAGUGCAUUGGCCAAUACAAAUAAAUUUGCAGCUAGCUCGAAUAGCAGCAUACAAUCACCAUCGGCCACAGCCGCAGCAUCAGCACUUUUCUACAAUAAACAUAAAACGCAACAGCAAAAGCAGCAGCAGCAACAACAACAACAACAACAGCAGCAGCAACAACUGCCACAACAGCAACAACAGCAUGAUUUAACGCCAAGCGGUGAAAGUAUUCCAUCGCCGCUAAGCUCCAAUGGUAGCAAUCAUACCCUCACAUCCCCAAUGACCAUUGAUAAUCAUCAACAACAACAGCAGCAGCAACAACAACAACUACAACUACAGCAGCAGCAGCAACAACAUAGACUCAAUUUCCCAUAUCCAACUGCCCCACCCCUCUCCAACAAUAAAGGCAACAAUAGCAACAGUUGUAGUGGCUCUGGCAGUGUCCUUGGUGGCUCCAGUGGUGGUGGCGAAACCACUUCAGCUGCGCCCCAUAUGACGCAACAGUUAAAUGGAGGCAGCCAACGAGGCAUUGUUGGCGGUCUACUAAACGAACAACAACAGCAACAACACCAUUUGGCCAAUGGCAGUACAAGCAGUGCGGGCAGUAUCAGUGGAGGCUCAGCCUCCUCCACCAACAGCAAUCACAGUAAUACCAGUCUAAAUGCUGCCAAUGUCUAUAAUUCCAACAACAUAAACAGCAACAAUUCCUCCACCGGACUGACCACAAAUCUUCAUCCCACAUUAGUUGAUAAAAGAAAUGCCAACAAUAUUUGUCCAACGUCAAUCAACGCCGGACAUACCCAUCAGCAGCAGCUACAGCAACAACAACAGCAACAUCCUACUAUGGAGGCACGUGCUUCUGCCAAUAAGUCUUUGGAUACCUCGAAAUUGCCCAUGCAAAAGGCAGCUUCGACCACAUCCCCAGCUACAGCAACGGGAGCAGCAUCAUUGGUAUCCUCAGUUGUUUCAGCAUCCUCAUCGGUGACGAAUAUUAACAAACUUAACAAUUGCGAUGACAAUCGAAAUAAUGACACAAAAUGUUUGCAGCGUCACUCAGAUUCCCCCACCAAACUGCGCGAAGAAAAUGAACGACUCAACGCCGAGCUGCAUCGCUUGCGAAAACUACUCGAAAGUUCACCCGAAGGAGCUGUCGGUGGCAUUGAUCUCUCCGACUCCAACAGCUGUGGCGAUGGACAAUCAACCGAUGGCAGUAGUUCGAAUACUCAGCAGCGUAUCGAUCGUCUGGAGCAGGAACUGCGUUCGGCCAAAAAUCAACUGAUGAAUCUACGCAUUGAGCGAAAGAAACUGCGCAGUGAUAAAAAUGAACUGGUCGGGCAGGUGAAACAAUUGUGUGCCUCAUUGCAGGAAAAGGAACAAGAGCUGAGAGACUUCAUACGCAACUAUCAAGAACGAGUGCGUGAGUCCGAGUCGAACAAUGCCAAAAUGUCGGGUGAUCGUGAACGUGAGCGUUGGCAGCUCCUUAAACAGGCCAGAGAUGAGGCGGAAAGAUCUUUGUCGCUGGCGCAACAGUUAAGUGCACGUGAUAUGCAAUUGAAAAAUCUCCAAGAGCAAUUGCAACGACAAAUGUCCGGUUGUAUGUCGGAUCAGGAGAGUCUGCUCUCUUUUGCUCCGCUAACACCACCCUCGGCGGCAUCGGGUCUGCUGAAUACUCAGCUGAAUAGCGGUGCCUCAAAUGCAGCCACAUAUCGUAAUGAUGACAGUGGGCGUGGCAAUUCAAAUUCUCUCUCGGCAUUUAGUAAUAGUUCCGGCAAUACGGCGGGUGAUCGCAACUCAUGCUCCAAUGAUUCGGCGUUGCGCAAUAACAGUGAUCGUGAGAGUACCGGUGGUGAUAUGAAUUUCAGUGAUGGUGUAUCGGAUAAUGGACCCUGUAUCACAGUCGAUCCGGAUAGUAUAUCGCUGGUGUCUAGUCAGAAUAUGUAUCAAUAUGGUACCCCCAAAGAAAGGAGUCCUACAUUAUCUCCACUCAACUCUGCGGCGUAUUCAAGAUCUGUGGAGCAAUUGGGAUCACCCGUGGACUCCGAAGGACCAGGAGCAGUGGCUCGUAAAUUUCCACCCAAGUCAUCGGGCACCACACUGGGAGCCCGCAAUGGGCGAGGUGGUACUUGGGGUAGUAUAUCAAGGGUAUUUGCCAGAUCAAGAAACAAAAGCAAGGCCAUGUCAUCAGAUGGUGCUAAUGAAUAUAAUGAUUACGCUUGGAGCCCAUUGUCGGAGGAAGGUUAUGCCGAAAAGUUACGUUUACUGCGCGAAGCCUCUCAAUUGCCCAUGGAAAGAUGGCGGGCCCCACAAGUUCUAGCCUGGCUGGAGGUGGCCCUUGGCAUGCCUCAAUACAGUUCCCGUUGUGCUGAAAAUGUUAAGAGUGGCAAAGUUUUGCUGGAAUUAAAUGACAUAGAACUAGAAGCGGGCCUUGGUUUGGCCCAUCCUAUGCAUCGUAAAAAAUUGCGACUGGCCAUUGAGGAACAACGUCGACCCGAAAUGGUUAGAUAUCCCAUGAUAACACAAUUGGGUCACACUUGGGUAGCCUCUGAAUGGUUACCCGACAUAGGUUUACCACAAUAUGCUGAAUCGUUCCUGCAUUCUUUGGUUGAUGCCCGCAUGUUAGAUACGUUGUCGAAAAAAGAGUUGGAAAAGUUUUUGGGUGUGACGAGGAAGUUCCAUCAGGCCAGUAUAGUACAUGGCAUACAUGUUCUACGCAUUGUCAAGUAUGAUCGUCAAAAUUUGGCCAUGCGUCGAGUUCAAUCGGAAAAUGUCGAUACGGACCCCAUUGUCUGGACCAAUCAACGAUUUAUACGCUGGGCCAGAUCCAUUGAUUUGGGCGAAUACGCAGAUAAUUUGAAAGAUAGCGGAGUUCAUGGAGGAUUAGUCGUUUUGGAGCCAUCCUUUUCAGGUGAUACAAUGGCCACCGCUUUGGGCAUACCACCAUCAAAGAACAUAAUACGUCGACAUUUAUCAACCGAAUUUGAUGCAUUAAUACUACCCGCCAGAGCUACAUUGGGUCAAGGCAUACGCUCCGGUUGCGGCAUAGUACCGCUUACAGGACCUGGUGGCCUUCAACACUAUGCCUCAACCGAUCGCCGUUCAACUGGAAGUUUAAGGAUAUCGGCAUGGAAAGGAUCACAGAGUUCCCUCUCAAAAGCCUUCCGUUUCAAUGCAAAAUCAUCCCGCAGCGGUAGCUCAAUUGGUGACCGCACCUCUGUUGGGAACUCCACCUCCCCAACACCAUCGUUUAGCAGCUCAGAGGGGGGCGGAGGAAUUUACGCCACUGUAGGUGCCCAUCCGCAUGGGCCAAUGCAUCAUUAUGCUCAUCACCAGCAAAGCAACUAUCAGUCACAACAACAAUACAGCAAUCAUCAUUAUCCACCACCAACAACAGCACCCCCACCGCCACCCACAAGCACACCGCCCACCUCAGCCUCACAGCAGCAAUUGCAGCACUAUCAUCAAUCGCAGCAACAGCAAUUCUAUGUUCAUCCUCAGGCCACGGCGCAUCGCAUCAGUGCCCCACCGGCAAGUGCUGGCAUAGAGGCCCCCAUCGACCCAAGUCUGCUGUACGAACAACAUCGACGCGUUAAAAGCAUUAGCGAUAUAGGAGCCACAGUCUCAGCUUAUGGCUCCACCAAUGGCAGUAGCAGCAGAGAUCGCAUGAGUGGCAUAAGUGGUCUUAGCAACAUGGGUCUCUCGGACACAGGCAGCACAGCAAGUGGCAUUAGUGGCAGUCUUAUGGUUGCCGAACAAAAUCCGGGAGCCUCAACGGAAUCUUCGAACUCGCCCGUAUGAGAAUCGGUUAUCAUGUAAGUCCUUAAGCUAGACUUGCAUUUAGAGGAACAUAGGGAAACGAAUAUGAAUAAGGGAAAGCCAUGCAUUUCUAGUUCUUCUCCCUCCAGGGGGGGGGACGAAUGUAUGGCCCCCACAACUAUUGUAGGUUAACUCAAUUUCAGUUUAAUUAGUGCCCAUUUAAAAUCAAAUGUAGUUAGUCAUACUCAAUUAACACAGAGAAAUUUAGCAACCAGCAGCCAACAACCAAACCAGAUGAUGAUGAUGAUGAUGUUGUUGCAAACUAUUCGCCAGCAGCUUAACUACAGAGCAACUAAAGCAAGCAUCCACCAUGCCAAACCUAUGCAACCACCCGCUUAAUGCCGAAU